AUGGUCAGUAGUAGCAGAAUGUGUCUGCCGAAAAUACCCUACUACCGUUUUCUGGUUAUGAUGGUUGCAUUUUUCUGUUUAAUGAGCAUUUUUUCGAAUUAUACAAUUAUGAAUUUUGCAUUUAUUUGUAUGAAAAAUGACAUGCAAGGUGCAGUACAAGGCGAGAAUGGGACCCUCCAAUCCAUCUAUGACUACACUUCCACUGAAAAAGCUCAACUUAUAUGGGCAGUUGCCAUUGGAACAAUAAUCGGAACCAUCCCUUACAACUGGAUGUAUGUCAGAUAUGGUGCUAAAAAUGUAUUCCUCUCUGCUGGUAUCAUUUCUCUCAUUGCCACUUCUUGUACCCCAUUCGCCGCGGCAAAUAACUAUAUUCUGUUACUGGUCAUAAGACUGAUACAGGGAAUCGCUUAUGCUGCAGAUUUCGCAGUCAUCGGAAUAAUCUGUGUCAAGUGGGCACCACAUGAUGAAGUCGCAUUCUUCGUGUCCGUUUUGACCGUUUUUUCACCGUUCGCCACAGUGAUAACGACAGCGGUUACAGGAUUUCUGUGCACCUCAAGCUUCGGAUGGAGAUCGUCCUUCUACGUUCACUCUGUUGCUGGCGCCAUGAUCCCCUAUCCCAUUCAAGCGUCACAUCCAAAGAACUCGCCAAUAUUCAGAAGGGAAAAUCGGCGGCACAUUUUGAACAGAAGAGAUAAUUUCUUUGAUUUUUCGAUUGAAAAACUAAAAAUUUUCAGACAAAUCCCUUACUGGAAAAUGGUUACUAACAGUGCGCUAGUGUGUACCUGGUUUAAUGCCUUUAUGGAUUUGUCCAUGUCAAUUAUGAUUAUCACAUACUCACCAAUUUAUUUCAACACUGUUUUGGAGUUCCCGAUUGAACAAACAGCUUUUAUCAUUGGAGUCACAAAUUUUGCUCAACUUCCAUUCAAAUUUGGAGCUGCGUUUAUCAGUGACAGAAUUACAUCCAUCAAUCCAAAAGCAAAAAUGCUAAUCUUCAAUACUAUUUCAUGUGGAAUCGUGUCUAUCCUAUUCGGGGGACUUGGCUUCAUUUCGAAGGACCAAAAAUGGGUUGCCAUGUUCUUAUUAAUCGCCGUUAAUUGCCUAAUGUCCACUAAUUGUGCUGGCUUUUAUCAGUGUGGACGGCACGUUUCCCAACAGUUCGCUGACGUUGUAAUUGCUGCAAUCCAGUUCUGCAAGUGUCUGGCGCUAUUUUUUGUACCAGCUAUUGUAGCAGCUACAGUAACCGAUGAAUCAGAUAGAUAUCAAUGGUCUCAUGCUUUCUUAGUAAUGUCUGGGUUAUUGUUAGUGGCCAACUUCUCCGCCUACUUCUUCUUCACCGAUCAGCCUGCCGAGUUCACCAAAACUAAUGAACCUCAAGAGUUUCAAUCGAUGAAAGAUGAGAAAUUAUAA